AUGCACUCAACACGAACACGCGAUGCACAAACACGAACACGCGAUGCACAAACACGAACAUGCGAUGCACAAAACAGGAACACGCUAUGCACUCAACACGAACACGCGAUGCACAAACACGAACACGCGAUGCACAAACACGAACAUGCGAUGCACAAAACAGGAACACGCUAUGCACUCAACACGAACACGCGAUGCACAAACACGAACACGCGAUGCACAAACACGAACAUGCGAUGCACAAAACAGGAACACGCGAUGCACUCAACACGAACACGCGAUGCACAAAACAGGAACACGCCAUGCACUCAACACGAACACGCGAUGCACAAACACGAACACGCGAUGCACAAAACAGGAACACGCUAUGCACUCAACACGAACACGCGAUGCACAAAGCACGAACACGAACACGCGAUGCACAAAACAGGAACACGCGAUGCACUCAACACGAACACGCGAUGCACAAACAAACACGCGAUGUACACACACGAACACGCG